AUGAAGAAUUAUAUUGAGAACGAUCAAGUUGAAAUCGCCCCUUCAAAUGUAAAUAACGAAAAAGAGUUUUAUUUACCUCAACAUGCUGUUAAGAAAAUUAAACAAGAAUCCACAAAAUGGCGUGUUGUAUUUAAUCCUUCUUCACGAAUGCCCAACUCAUUUUCAUUAAAUGACGCGUUGGAAAUAGGAUCUAAUUUAUUACCAGACAUUUUGUCUGUUCUGUUACGUUUUAGGCUACACGAACAAGCUUUAACCGGCGAUGGUACACAAGCAUUUUUACAGCUCUCCCUGGAUGAGCGUGAAAGAGAUGCCACUCGUUUCUUUUGGUUUCAAACGGUCACUACACCUCAAGGUCUAGAAUUUUCAAAAGAUGAAGUUGUAACUUAUCGUUUCCAACGUCUUCCGUUCGGUCUCGGUUGCAGUCCUUUUUUGCUCUCGUCUACUUUACGAGAACUAGCAACGAUUCAUAAGUCAGAAUUCCCUUUUGCAGCAGCAGAAGUACACAAAAAUUUCUACAUGGACGACAUUCUUUCCAGUACACAAAAUGAAGAGGACAUUGUAGCAUUAUAUCGUUAA